UUUUUACCUUCUUCAAUCUUCACACUCAAAAUUAACACCACUUUGUUGACCCCAUAUCCCUAAUCUCUGUAGUUUCUCUAUAUGCCCUUCCUUAAACUAUGGUCUCCAAUGUCCUUCCCCAGGCACUGUAUAUGAUUCCGAGGAACACGGCGCAAUGCUCUCAGAAGAAGUUGAGUUUUUCAGCUAUGGUUUCAGGGCGUCCCUCCUCGUCAUUCAGUUCAAGGGUUUCGUUGAACUGGUCUGGCUUCGGUUUUGAGAAAUUAAAGGGUAAUCAGAGUUUUGUGGUUAGAGCUGAAGGGGAUGCUGACGGAGUGGAAGCUGAAAAUGUAGAAAAUGAGGAAGAUAUUGGAGAGACAGUAGCUGAGGUUGGAGCAGCAGAAGGAGAGGCUGAGGUGGUAGCUGUCGAAACAGAGGAAAAACCACCCAGAAAGCCCAUAAUUAAGCUUGGCGAUAUAAUGCAGAUAUUGAACACGAGAGCAAUUGAGGAAUCAGACAAGGUGAGGCCAACACCAGAUAUCAGAACUGGAGACAUUGUUGAGAUCAAACUGGAAGUUCCAGAGACUAGGAGAAGGUUGUCGGUGUACAAGGGAAUAGUGAUUUCUAAGCAAAAUGCUGGCAUUCACACAACAAUUCGUAUCAGGAGGAUCAUUGCUGGGGUUGGAGUUGAGAUAGUAUUCCCAAUAUAUUCACCCAACAUCAAGGAAAUCAGGGUAGUUAGCCACCGGAAAGUCAGGAGAGCAAGGUUGUAUUAUUUGAGAGACAAGCUUCCUCGUCUCUCCACCUUCAAAUGACAUCACGAAAGCAGCUUUUUUUUUUUUGGUGGAAUUCUUAAAAGUUACAUGUAAUUUCCCGUUUCACAAAUCAUUAAUACUACUGUCUUCUUGAGGUUAUACUAAAAUCUGUUCUUGGAGUUUCAUCCUGCAAAACCUGACUACAGGUAUCAAGCUUCUGUCAUGGUCUGUGCUAGUGUUGGUCGAAAUAGACCUUUAAGUAAUGUUCACAACGCACUGGAGGAAAACUACCUUUGCUUCGGGGCAUCUUUUUUGCCUGGCAGAGUUGUAGAGAUAGCAAAAGCUGCUGAAGUUUGUGUGACUAGAUGAUCAUUCAAGUACUGAUCGAACAAUA